GUUGCUCUCUAUUAAACAGAGAAAACGAGUUUCGCUUUCGACACAUUACUGUCUUUUUAACUAUUCCGACACACACACACAAUCAAAGCUGUGAAAGGAAACGUUUUGUCGUUUGUUUGUUAGUAUUAAUAUGGCUAUUGUGGAAGAACCAAUCCUUUCAAGAUUGGAUCGUAUUGACUUCAUGGUGAGGAAGCUAGAGGAGAUGAAAGGAAGCUCACCGAGAAGCUCGAGCCCAUCAACUCCAUCUAGUGGGACUCAGCCAUCGUCGUCAGUGGACUUUUCGUCACCAAGGAGCAUAGGGAAGGUACAGUGCCGUUCGAUGGAGCAAGUCAUGGAGGAGACUGAGCGGAAAGGAACUUUGUUAGAGAGACUUAACAAUGUAGAGGAGCAAGUUCUUAAGCUGUGUUCACAGUUUGAGGAAGAGAUUGAAGAAGAGAGGAAGAGAGACGAGACGACUGAGAAGAAAACACCGAAGAAGAAAAAGGGAAUAAGAAAGUUGGUUGAUAAAGUUGUUGGAUCUUCUUCUCCGACUAAUACACGUUCCAAGAGCUGGCGUUGUUGAUCCAUUAGUGUAUUAUAUUUCAUCAUCAGUGUGUACUUUAAACCACGUUCGAAUUAAAGGCUUCUCUGUUUUUUUCUCUUCGAUGAAGCGGUUGUGGAAAAAAAUAAAAAUAUCAUUAUAUGGUUUCCAUUUGGAUCCUUUGUUUUGUCAUGUAAUUUGUUUG